AUCAACAAGGAGAGCACGAGCUGGCAUUUGGAAGCGCCGCCGCUUCUGUCAGUGAAACCGACAUUUAACUGUGCCUCUAAUGUUUUUUCACCGUCUUGUUGGUGUAAGAAAAGGUCCUUGACGGCAGCAACUUCAGAGAGCGUCAUUUUUUCAGUCAGACCAAACAUCAGUACAGGCGGACGCGGCUCUCGUGGCAUGACUACCACAAACAAGGGAAACAAGGCCUUGAAGGUGAAGCGGGAGCCAGGGGAAAAUGGCACCAGCCUGACAGAUGAUGAGCUGGUGACCAUGUCAGUGCGGGAGCUGAACCAGCAUCUACGGGGCCUGACGAAGGAGGAAAUCCUUCAGCUGAAGCAGCGGCGGCGUACCCUGAAGAACCGGGGCUAUGCUGCUAGCUGCCGGGUGAAGCGUGUCACCCAGAAAGAGGAGCUGGAGAAGCAAAAGGCUCAGCUGCAGCAAGAAGUGGACAAGCUGGCCACAGAGAACGCCAGCAUGAAGGUGGAGCUGGAUGCUCUGCGUUCAAAAUAUGAGGCCCUCCAGAGCUUUGCAAGGACUGUGGCCCGCAACCCUGUCACCUCAGCUAGGGGACCUAUGGCUUCCGUCAUUGGGCCCCUCAUCCCUGGUAAAGUAGCUGCCACCAGCGUCAUCACCAUCGUCAAAUCCAAAACGGAGGCUAGGUCGUAGUAGCAGAAACGGCGGGAGGAAGAAAUUCAAGACUAAACUAGUCAGUGCAUCGUAACAUGCCGCAGGAUUACCUGUGUAAGUCCUCAGUUUUAACUCUUGGCACUAACACUAAUGAUAUGCUUCCCAAAUUCACUUUUUAAGUAUGACUCAGCAGUCUGCACCUGUGAACAGACAUGAUGUGAUUUAGGGUGACAUAGUCCAAUUGUACGAUUUAGAACGUUACAUUUGGUUUUUGAAGAAUCAUUUUUGAAUCAUAUUGAGAAUCAUAUUUGUGAUUACAAAUAUUAAAAAGGGAAUAUUGGGUUCAAAAGUAAAAUCUAACUCAGACAGUUAAUAAGUUGUUUUUAUAAGGUACUGUGUGUGAUGUGCCUGUUUCCUCAAGACUGAGCUCUUAAAAUGUUUCCGUCCUAAGAAUUGGUAUUUGUAGAGUCUCACAACCAGUCAAAUAAUAGGCAUUAGUCUUAGCCCCUGAACUCGUUUGCUUGUUAUUAUGCACUGACUAAAAUCUGGCUAAAUAACAAACAGUCACAAUCUCUUGGUGUGGAUGCUACAGAUGUCUUCAUAACAGCCUGACUAACCCAAAUCUAGUAAAUUAGUCAAAUUUGUGAUUUUGUUGGUCGUCUGUCAAGAACAUAAGCGUGAAAUAAUGCUCCCAAAUCUAGCAUUCAUUUCUGUUUAUAUACGACAGGCUUUAAUGAACUUGUCAUUAUCAAUAUGACUGGUAGAUGCAAUAAUAUAUGUAUGCACUGAAAAUACAAAGAGGUCUUGCAUAUUUAUGGUUAAGUGGAAACGUUUAAAAUGAUCAGCAGUUCUUAAUGAUAUUGUUCCAGAGCUGAGUGCCAUUCCAAUAUGACAAGAUUCUUCUACAAUAUCUGAAUACCUGAAUGUUAUAACAGUAAUAUCCUCGUGUUUUGUGGGGACGGUGAAAUCCACAAACAUUUUGAAACAUAAUUUUUGCUCAUAGAGAAGAUCCGUUCAAGUUGUUUUGUUUGAAAGAUAUAUAUUGCAUUUUUUGUAAUUACUUGUCGACAGGGCCGUCAGAUAUUUCCAAAAGAAAAUCUUUACACAAGCUUUACUGUUUGAAUUGUUAAGGUGUAGAAAACUUUGUCUAAUGUUGAGUUCUUGGUUUUUAUUACUAGGUAGAUUACCUUCCAUUGUUUAUAGAAAUACAGUUAAAGAAAACAUAAAAAAAAAAACCUGUGACAUCUUUUUUGCAAUUGUACCGAAAGUGGCUUACUAUUGAAGUCUGAUAGCUUUUUUCUAGUGACUAGGCGCGUACUGUGGGGUAGCGCGUGACGUGAUGUGUAAGUGACAAGUUGGCAGUGUCGUUCACUGUAUAGAUGUCAAUGCUGUGCUAUUUAAAACAAAUCUGUAGAGCUAAACUAGGUGGUGUAAACAAGGUCAAUUGUCUUUGUGCGUAUUGGCAUCUGUGAUAUCCUCCGCUUCCUCGGUGUUAGUUACAAAUCAUAUCGUCAUUAAGAGUUUACCACAUUGAGCCAUGUAAGACAGAAUUGGGUGGAAUAGUGUUAGUGACUUUUACCUGAAGUGAUAAUGUCACUGCAGAAUCUGUAUCAUGGUUGCACCUGGUGCUGGAUGCCCUCUAAAUACAUCCUCUGUAUCCUGCAAGUAAAUGACUUCCUUGUUGGGAAGAUUUCAUUACCUUAUCAAUUCCAGCCAAUUGGUUUAAAUCAAAUUUGACAGAUUAAAUGGAAUGUGAUGUUAAAGGUCCAGUGUGUAGGAUUUAGGGGGCAUAUUGACAUAAAUAUUAUA